CACCAGCCAGCACCAUCAGCCAGCACUCAGCAGCAGUAGCCGCGACGUGGUCGAAGGGGCUUUCGGGAUGCCGUCGUGCUAAAGUCCGGUGUGUCGCGGCUGUGUCGUGUCGGGGGUUGGUCGACGUUGCCCUUGAACGCGUCCUUUGUACCGACCAAACGCCAAGCGAACUCGGCUCGGCGAACUUUCGACAGUCGAGUGGGUGCAUCGAGAUCAAGUUCUGUUCCUCGUAUCCACAUAGUUUCGCAGAUUCCUCGAAUGAAGUGAAUGAACGUGUAUUAAGCCGUUUUCAUCAAGUAUCUAUAAAAAAAAAAAAUACGCGGUCAAUGCAAUUGGUGCUAAUAACUCAUUCUGUCCGAAAAACCCGUCGUCAAGUAUAAUUGAAAAAUACCAGAGGGCAAAAUAAACGCACGAGUGCUUCAGCGGCAAUCCAUUCCGACACGGUGGAAACAACGGUGAUUUUCUGCGCGAUUUUGUAAUUCGACGACCGAGGACCGUCGCGAAAGUGCAGUGAGACAAAUGUUUCAUGGACAUCCGGACGCAUCGCGCUGGUAGCACCAUCGACUCAUCGAUAGUUGCGGCUCGGUCGGAGGUGGUGCGAAGAUCAUCGACGAUAUGUCCCGGGAAAUCCACGGACUCUCGUGAAAAAAUCAUCUUUGGAACUUGAAGAGGAGACAUCGAGGGAAAAAUGGCAGACCGACAGAGAAGGAGUCGAUACUUGACCAUCAGUAUACUGCAUAUUAUCACAAUAAUGUGUCAAGCGCUCUCCGAUCCGCCGAUCUUUGCCGAGCCGAUACCAAAUGUCACAGUGGCGCUGGGAAGGGACGUCAGUCUACCCUGCGUCAUCGAAAAUCUCGGAAGUUACAAGGUGGCGUGGAUUCAUGUUGGUCGUCAAAUGCUGCUAACUAUUCACAAACAUGUAGUCGUGAAAGUACCCAGAUUCUCUGUGUCGCAUGACAAUCAGAAAACAUGGUUGCUUCAUAUUAGUAGCGUGCAACAAGACGACCGAGGUUAUUACAUGUGCCAAGUAAAUACCAAUCCAAUGAUAAGUCAAGUGGGCUAUCUUCAGGUCGUUGUGCCACCAAAUAUAUUGGAUUCUCUUUCUACGGAGAGCACUGUGGCAGUUCGGGAACAUCAGAAUAUUACUCUCACGUGCAAGGCCGAUGGAUAUCCACUGCCGAAAUUAAUGUGGAAACGAGAGGAUGGUCAAGUGAUAAGCCUCAACAAACACAACAAAGUGACCAUGUAUGAUGGCGAGCAAUUAAACUUGACGCGGAUCACGCGCAGCGAAAUGGGCGCUUAUCUCUGCAUCGCGACCAACGGCGUGCCGCCCACAGUCAGCAAGAGGAUCACCGUGGAUGUCGAAUUUUCGCCAAUGAUCUUCGUGCCGAAUCAGCUGGUUGGUGCGCCAACCGGCACUAAUGUAACGAUCGACUGUCACACGGAAGCUUAUCCACGUGCCAUGAGCUACUGGUUUCUAGGAGAUGAGAUGAUUCUCUCUAAUGAGAAAUACACCACUAAUAUCAUGGAGAACAGCUAUCGGGCGCACAUGAGACUCACCAUCAGGAACCUGACAGCGAAUGACUUUGGUAGCUACCGGUGCAUUAGCAAAAACUCGCUGGGCGAGACCGAGGGAUCCAUCAGAUUGUACCCUAUCCCGAAACCGUCGGUGGCACCGAAGGCGACCGAGAUCAAGAGUAGCGCCAACAAAGAAGGACGACCGAGCACGCCACCGCCAGCAAAAAAGCUGACCACCGUGUGGCCUUCCUCGCACAACCCCUACUAUCCGAAAAGGACAGAGAGACCACCUCCACCGAGUGAGGAGAGGGUUGAGAGGCCCGAGCAGAAACUACGUGGUGGCGAAAGUACAGGUGAGGCUUGCAUUCUCUCACCAGGCCCUCCCUGCUCUUUCCCGUUUUUUUCUCUAAUUAUCUCGCGACUGCCAUUUCAAGCGCCCCUUUCAUUCGCGUCCUUGCUUCAUUCGACCUCGACCAUUCCUCUGCUUUCGCGGCACUAACCCGGUUUCUGAAAUAUGAUUUGAGCAAUAUCAUGCGCUAUUCUGCACCAUGCACCCCGUGUACGCAGGCCGAAAAUCGCGAAAAUCGUAAAUCGUAUUGUGCAUCUCGGGAUAAGCCAUCGGUAGAACGGCGCACGAAAUUUAUCACUGUCGGGAAUAAACGCGGGAGAGUAAUUGUAAUAUUAAUAAUUUACAUAAGAGUGAAAGGACUGAAAGAAAAUUGUAGCUAUGACGGAGAAAUAUAUCUGUGUCCUUAAAAGUACAGCCAAGAAGAAUGCUAGAAAAAUGGAGAUGUAUAUCUUUUCUUUAAGAUGCAGUUAUUUCAUAUAUGCUCACGUUCGCUAUGUUCAUGGAACUGAAAAAGAGAUGUAUCUCUAUCCGACAGUAUUGACUAUACA